UCUCUCUCUCUCUCUCUCUCUCUCUCUUCUCCGUCUCUCUCUCUCUCUCACUUAUUUGAUUUGGGGUUUUCAGAUGGGAAAUGCCAACGGCAAAGAAGACGACGCCGCCGCCGUCACUAGCGGUGGUGGUGCAGAUGUCACCUCAUCUUCGGCGAGAUCCAACGGCGGCGAUCCUUCUGCACGCAGUCGUCAUCGUCGUCCUUCUUCAGACUCUAUGAGCAGUUCUCCUCCCGGAAGUCCCGCUCGAUCUCCAUCUCCUUUCUUAUUCGCUCCUCAGCGCACAUUGUUAUUCCACCUAACUUCUUACAACAUUUGCUCACCUAUGCGUCACCUCUUCCAUUGUUUAGGCAUAACAUGUGUACCUAAUGGCUGCAUUUCGUGUCAGAUGGUUCCCGUGGCUCCAUUGCAGAGGGCAAACGCCCCUCCUUCUCCUAAUAACAUCCAAUGGAACCAAUCUCCAAGAGUUUUUGAUUAUCCCGCAGAGCAAGGAAUCCCAACGAUCAUUACAUGGAACCAGGGAGGUAAUGAUGUGGCGGUGGAAGGAUCAUGGGACAAUUGGAGAUCAAGGAAGAAGCUACAGAAGUCUGGAAAAGACCACUCAAUUCUCUUUGUUCUUCCAUCUGGCAUAUACCACUACAAGGUGAUUGUCGACGGUGAAUCCAUGCAGAACUUUGUGCCAGAAAACCCAGAAAGCAUAGUGGAGUUUGAGGCGCCACCGUCACCUGAACAUAGCUACUGUCAAACCCUUCCAGCAGCAGAAGAUUACGCAAAAGAGCCACUGAUGGUGCCACCACAGCUUCAUCUAACACUUCUUGGUACAACUGAAGAAACAGCCAUAGCGACAAAGCCUCAACAUGUGGUGCUUAAUCAUGUGUUCAUAGAGCAAGGGUGGACACCUCAAUCCAUUGUAGCUUUGGGUUUAACACACAGGUUCGAGUCUAAGUACAUAACUGUUGUCCUCUACAAACCGCUCACACGGCCCUAAAAACCAAAUCCAAUGCCACAUUGUUCUCUCUCUCUCUCUCUUUUUUUAAAAAAAAAAAAAUCCAUCUCUCAAGUCAAGUAUGUGAAAACCUGUUCUUUGAUCAUCGUGAGUGCCCAACUUUGAGUUUAUUAACCUCUGUGUUACCUUGGUUUGGUGGUGCUUAUGUACAAAAAGCUUCUCAUUUGUAAACAAAGAAAACAAAAAGUGCGAUUUUUCUUGUUCC